UUCUAGUCCGCUUCGAUUCACCUCCGUUGACGGCGAUGACGUGAUCACAGCUGUUACAGUUUAAACUGUCUCAAUUUCGCAUUCCGCGGGCAGUUUAACCAAAAAUGACACGCCAGUUAACUGAGGACAGCGCAAACGUCGGGUUAUAGUGAAGUUCAAACAUACCACUCCUACAAAAUCAAUCGGAGAAUCAACAAACUACGGCUUAUCAUUGACAGGCGAACCGGUUUGCCCAACGCCUGCAUUUGGAUAAUACCUCAUACAUUCUUGGCCGUAGUUUUACUUGAGACAUGGGUCAGAAGCUAUCGUGUUGCAAAAAGUGCGACGAUUGCAAAUGGUGCAGAGGCAAAGGAAACGACGAGCCAACCCUGCGUAUACGCAAUGUCAAUGCCAACUAUUUUGCAGGCGCUCCAAAAAAAGACGAAACAGAUGCCGCCAGUUCAGCUGUGCUGGGAGUGAUGAGAGUCGAUCUCUGCCUGGAGGACAACCACGAUGAGCACCACACGAGUCACUUCUAUGCGGCGGCUGCCAAGGAAGCCCUGAUUGUUCGGAGAGGAGAGCCCUUCCGGCUAAAGAUCCACUUCAACAGGGACUACAGUCCCAGCAAGGAUGCCAUCAGCUUCAUCUUCACGGUGGCGGAUGACACCAAACCGAGUCCGGGACACGGAACCCUCAAUGCCCUGGUGCCCCAUGAUGGCAUCGACUAUCUGGGGGACACUCUGGAAUGGGGGGCUGGCAUCGAAUCGCAUGAAGGUCAAAUACUCACCGUGCUGAUAAAGCCACCUUCGACCUGUCCUGUAACAGAGUGGAAAUUGGACAUCGACACUAAGCUCCUGGGAGACGGAUCGAGGAGCUAUCCCCUCCCACUGCCCAUCUAUGUGCUCUUCAAUCCCUGGUGUCCGGAUGACCAGGUCUAUCUGGAGGAUCGCGAUCAGCGCAAGGAGUACGUGAUGCACGAUACCACUCUCAUUUGGAGGGGAUCCUACAACAGGCUGCGACCUUCGGUUUGGAAAAUCGGACAAUUCGAACGUCAUGUGCUCGAGUGCAGCUUGAAGGUCCUGGGAACUGUGGGCAGAAUUCCACCCGCCUAUAGAGGUGAUCCCGUGAGAGUGGCUCGGGCUUUGUCCGCUCUGGUGAACUCGGUGGACGACGAUGGUGUCCUACUGGGCAAUUGGUCGGAAGAUUUCUCCGGCGGUGUUGCACCCACAAAGUGGACAGGUUCCGUGGAGAUCCUUCAGCAAUUCCACAAGACCCAAAAGUCGGUGAAGUUCGCUCAGUGCUGGAAUUUCAGCGGUGUCCUGGCCACCAUUGCCAGGAGUCUGGGAAUACCGGCUAGAAUCAUCACAUGUUACUCCUCCGCUCACGAUACCCAAGCCUCCUUGACCGUGGAUGUAUUCAUCGACGCGGACAACAAGAAGUUGGAUGCGGAGACCACGGACUCGAUUUGGAACUACCAUGUGUGGAACGAACUGUGGAUGCAGCGACCGGACUUGGGAGUGGGUCAGUUUGGAACCUACGAUGGCUGGCAGGUGGUGGAUGCCACUCCGCAGGAAGCCUCCGAUGAUAUGUACCGAGUGGGUCCUGCAUCUGUUUCGGCGGUGAAGAACGGCGACAUCCUAAGACCCUUCGAUGGUGGCUUUGUCUUCGCGGAGGUUAAUGCGGAUAAGCUCUACUGGCGCUACAAUGGCCCCAGUCAACCGCUGAAGCUCCUCAGGAAGGACACCCUGGCUAUAGGCCAUUUAAUCAGCACAAAGGCGGUCUUAAAAUGGGAAAGAGAGGACCUUACGGAUACCUACAAGCAUGCGGAGCGUUCCGAGGAAGAAAGAAGCACUAUGCUCAAGGCCCUCAAACAAUCCCGUCACGCCUUUAGUCGGUACUACCUGAACGACAAUUUUAACGAGAUAGAGUUCGACAUGGAGCUAAAGGACGACAUCAAGAUCGGGGAGAGCUUCAGUGUGGUCCUAAAGGUGACCAACAAGAGCGACAGUCGCACCCACUUGGCCACGGGUCAAAUCAGUUGCGAUGCCGUUCUCUAUACCGGAGUGGGUGCAGUGGAGGUCAAGACCUUGGGCUUCGAACUGGAACUGCAGCCCAAGAGCAGUGACUUCGUUCGCAUGGAGGUCAUCUUCGAGGAGUACUUCGACAAGCUAUCCUCGCAGGCCGCCUUCCAGAUCUCCGCAGCCGCCAAGGUUAAGGACACCGACUACGAUUACUAUGCCCAGGAUGACUUCCGAGUGCGCAAGCCGGAUAUUAAGUUCCAGUUGGGAGACGCUGCAAUCGUGGCCCAGAAGGAGCUGGAUGUUAUUCUGCGCCUAGAGAAUCCGCUGCCCAUUCCUCUGCACAAGGGAGUGUUCACAGUGGAAGGACCGGGCAUUGAGCAGCCUCUGAAGUUUAAGAUCGCCGAAAUUCCAGUGAAUGGCACUGCCGCCGCAACCUUCAAAUACACUCCGCCCUAUGCGGGGCGUGGCACAAUGCUGGCCAAGUUUACCUCCAAGGAACUGGACGAUGUGGAUGGCUAUAAGCAUUACGAAAUUGAGCCCCGACCGGAGGAUCUGCUGCAGCCCAAUGGAAGCCACCGGAGGAGCAACAUCAUCCGCAGACGCACCGAUGUUGUAGCCUAAACUAACCCUAGUUGCAAUGAAUUUCCUUUUGUAUUUCGUAGGUUAAGUGAUAUGUUGUAAAUUGUAAUAAUGAUACAUAUUAAUGUUUUGAUAUUUAAACUAAAAAGAUAAA